UUUUUUUCUAAAAUUAAUUUUCCCCUUCUUUUUCAAGUGUCCAAUCUCGUUAUCAACGCUUACACGUUCCCCUAAAAGAUGUUGAAUGGAAUGUUUGUGAAUAUUGUGGGGAAAUUGUCCACCGAAUGGUUUUCGAACGUCAUUUAAUUUUGCAUGAAAUGGCUGAUGUAACUUAUCAACUUUAUCAUCACGAAAUUGAUGUUGAAAAAAAACGAGUAGAGCAAGUUAAAAGGAUUCAAGCUAAGGAAACAAAAGAAAAACGUCGCAAUCUAGGCUUAGAGCUCUCCUCUUGUUCCUCCUCUUCUUCAUUGCCUUCCUCUUCUGAAGAUAAUUCUGGUUUUGAAACAGAAUCAUCAUCAUCUACAACAGCUUCAAAUUCUUUAAUUUAUCCAGACAAUAUUAAUUUUAAUAAAAACGAAGAAAAUGGGAAAGAAAAGAGAAAAUCACCGAUGACGUUGGAUUGGGUUAUGGAAGAAUUGAUAAAUGAAAAAGAGAGGAAAAAGCAGAAGAAAAUGAAGCAAACAGAAGAUGAAUUUGGUUUUGACUAUUUUGAUCAUCAACAAACAAGUUUGGCUGCUUAUAUAGAACUUGAAGAUGAAUUUAAUAAUAAUUUUGAAAAAAAUUCUGGAAAAUUAAAAAACAAAAAAUUGAGAGAACAAAAAUUAACAAAAACAACAAAUAUUUCAAUUAAAAAGAGACCACCCAAAAAAGUAAUAAAAAUUAAAAAAGAAAUUGUAGAAGAAAUUCCAAUAGAAGAGGAAGUUGAUGAAGAAACAGCUUUACUUGAAGAUUAUGAACAUUUGUUGUGUUUGAAUAAUUUGGGACGGAGAUAUGAAUAUGGUGAGAGAAAGGGGAAAAUAUUUUUUUAA